AUGUCAUCGUCAUCAUCAAUUCAAAUAACAAAGGAAGAACUACCAAAGGUAGAAUUGUCGAUUUUACCCAUGCAUAUUCAUUAUUCUGGUCCAGCAAAUACUUCAGAUUAUUUUACUCCAUCAAAAACAAAAGAAACAUUAAAAGAUGGAUCAAUAGUUGAUACAGCUUAUUUUAGAGGUUUAAGAUUAAUAGGAAAAGAACUUGAAUUGAAAGAUUCAAAUUUGAAAGGAUUUAUUUUAAAUAAAACUGAAAAUUUAUCAAGAGAUAUAAAUGAAGAAGAUGGAGUUGAAACUAUAAAAACAAUUAAAAAUUAUACUGCAAUUUCUACAUUUGAGAAGUUAACAUUAUAUGGUCAUGAUUCAGAAGUAGAACUGAACAAUCAGUGGUCUUUAAUCCCAGAAUAUAUGGAAGUCAAUAGCAUUGUACAUGAGUAA